AUGACUUGGGCUACAGAGGUUGAGGAGCAAUCUUUCCAGGAAUCAGCCAAGGAAACCUGGGCUAAAUUUCGGGAAACACUUCCAUCACAUGGUUGUACAAAGCUUCAUUAUUUGGAACCUUUUCAGAAGGAUGGUCAGAUAAUUGCGAAAUUGGAUAUGGAGGAGAUUGAAGUGGAAGCUUCAUUCUGGAAAUCUGCUUUGAUAUGUGUGGUGAUUGGUGCUAAUCCACCUCUGGCAGUUUUUGAAGGGUUUAUCAAACGAAUUUGGGGUAAGCUUGGCAUUGUGAGUGUUGCCCGAAUGAAUGUUGGUUUUACUAUGGUGAAAUUCAGAGAUGAAGCAACGCGUGAUAUGAUUUUGGAGUCAGGUGUGGUGCAUUUUGAUAAGAAACCAGUUGUUCUUCGUCCAUGGACUACUGAUAUAGAAUCCUUGAAGUCCAUUAAAUCAGUGCCUGUGUGGAUCCGGUUACCUCAUCUAGGAAUGAAAUACUGGGGAGUGAAUUGUUUGAGUGCUCUUGUUAGCACAAUAGGUAAGCCUAUAAUGAUUGACAAAAUAACCAAGGAUCGGUCAAUGAUAAAAUUUGCUUGUAUCUUAGUUGAGAUGGAGAUAGCUAAUACUCUUCUGAAAUUCAUUAGCUAUUUCAAUGAGAAGGGUCAAAUUAUAGAACAACUUAUAGACUAUGAAUGGUUGCUAACAAAAUGUACUAAUUGUAAGGAAUUGGGACACUCAGUAACAUCGUGUAAGUAUGUCUCUGAAGCUGUUUGUAGGCAGAAAGAAUUGAAGCAUAAGGAAGAAAAACCUGGCAAUCCGAAUGCAGGACAACCUGAGGUAGAGAAGCCUGUCCACCUGAAUUAUGAGCAUCCUGAGGCUGAGAAACCUGUAAGUCUGAUUGCUUCUGGUUCAGUUCAUCAGAUAAAUGCUACUCAAUUAGCUGUUAUUCAGCCAUACACUAAUCCUGUAGAGGCUCAUUGGAUUUCUCCGAAAACUACUAGAGUUAAGAGGCAAGGAGUCCAGACUUUAACUAAGCAGAUCAUGAACCAGUUUAGUGUACUCCAAGAGUGUCAGAAACCAGCAUCUACAUUCCCAACCACACCAGACAAUUGUGAUUCAUUGGAGAGUAGAAUUUUAUUGAUUUGGAAUGCUAAGUUGGUGCAUAUUGAUGUGAUCCAGGACAGUGCCCAAUUCUUACACUGUCAAGUUAGAUUAUACAAUAAACCUAGUUUUUGUCUUACAAUUGUUUAUGGCUCUAAUAGUUUGGAGACUAGGAGAACUUUAUGGAAUGAUUUGUCCCAUUUGCAUUGGCCUCUUAAACCUUGGAUUAUACUUGGGGAUUUUAAUGUUGUUUUUGCUCCGAAUGAUAGAAUGGGAGGCAGACCUAUCACAGUGAAAGAAAUGGAGGAUGCUAGACAGUGGCUUGAUCUUGGUUUAGUUGAGGAAAUGAAGAUUAUGGGGUCAUUUUACACUUGGUCUAAUAAUCAAGAAGGAGGGGCUCGUAUUUUUUCCAAGUUGGAUAGGGUUUUUGUUAAUGAAGCUUGGCUGGAAGAAUACCCUUUAGUCUUUGCUUGUUCUCAAUGGGAGAGGUUUAGAGCAAAUCAGCUGGAAACUUACACGUCUUAA